UGCAGGCACGUUCAGAUCCCCCUCCAUCCGAAAAUAUGAGUGCCACAGCUCGGCACAGGAUUGUUGUAACAAUCUCUAGAAUCCUAAAUAUCAGGCAGUCAGCUAAGAUCAGCUCAUUUGCAUUAAAAAGCUGAUGAAACAGCUCAGCACAGCCACCAAAAAUUGCAUCACAGGCCAGUUAUAUCGAAUUCACUUUGGGAGCUACCAAAAUUCAACAAUGUGAGCGACUUGAUACUUGGGUUAAAAAGGGCUACAAAAUGGUGCACAUCAAAACACAGAGACAGCACCGAUCCCAGGGAGGGCAUCACCAAAAGCAGCCCUCCAGGAUAAAAACAAGCAGCGAAAGGGAUCCGUCUAAAAGCGAGGAAGAAGGGAGGUUUCGGCUCGGCUUUUGGGAUGCCACGAGCGGGGAGAGGAAAGAGAAAGUUCCCCGAGAUGUGGGGCUGGAAGGAGCAGGGGCAGGAGAUGGGAAGGCAGGGGAUCAGAGGCGGGCAACGGGGAGAAAGGAGGAAAAGUUGGGAGGCACGGAAAGGGAAGGAAAAGGCGAGUUGCAGGGAGGAUACUAUCCAGGAAGAAAGCGGAGGGAGGGGCGAGGCGAGACAGACAGCGAUGGAGGGGGAACCAGAGGGGCAUGGGAGAGUUGGCUGCUCCAGGCAGGGCCUACUCCGAGGGCUCAUCCAACAGAAGCUCUGCUAAAAAUGGCUGCUUUGCUUCCACUGCCCCUUCCCCCUCCCCCAGAGCUCGGCUCCCUUCCCUCCGUGUCCCCGGGCGGCUGCGAGCCCGGGGCCGCCACUCACCAGGCAGAAGAGGAAGUCAGAACGUUUUCUCGUCUUCUGGAGCUCCACCGGGGGGGUAAAGCCACGGUGGAAGGGGAGAACAGAAAGAGGGAGGUGAUGCCAAGCAAGAGAAGUAGGAAAACAUAAAUAAUCCAGCGGGGGCAAUCAAUCCAGAACCCCCCCUUCUCUUCCUCCUGUUCCUUUAGUCAUCAGAUGAGAAAGGGGCAAA